CUCCCGCGCCCAGCCCUUCCCGGAAGGGCGGCCCCUUCCCAGCCCGGCCUUCUCGGCGCGGCGGCGGCAGCAUGGAACGGUCGGAGGCCUACGGCUUCUCCGCGGUCAUGAGCGGCGCGUUCCUGCUGUCGUGCCUGCUGUUCGCGGCCGUCAAUCGCGGGCAGCGCGGACCCUACAUGGACGAGGCCUUCCACGUCCCGCAGGCACAGGCCUACUGCCAGGGACGCUUCCUGCAGUGGGACCCGAUGAUCACCACACUGCCGGGCUUGUACCUGGUGUCGGUGGGAAUAGUGAAGCCUGUGGCAUGGCUCUGUGGAUGGACGGGAAGCGUGGUGUGCUCUACAGGGAUGCUCAGGUUUAUUAACCUGCUUUUCAGUGCUGGGAACUUCUAUUUAUUGUAUUUACUUCUGUCCAAGAUCCAUCAGAAGAAUAAGGCUGUGUCUGGCUUCCAGAGAAUCUUGUCUACGUUAACGCUUGCAAUGUUUCCCACCCUUUACUUUUUUACAUUCCUUUAUUAUACAGACCCAGGAUCAGUAUUUUUCACACUUUUCGCCUAUUUAAUGUGCCUUUAUGGUAACCAUAAAACUUCAGCUCUCCUUGGAUUUUGUGGCUUUAUGUUUCGUCAGACAAAUAUUGUGUGGACAGUUUUUUGUGCUGGAAAUAUCGUUGCAGAGAAGCUAAAUGAAGCCUGGAAGACAGAGUUACAGAAAAAGAAAGAUGAAAAGAUUUCUUCCAGGAAAGGAUCAUUUUCAGAUUUGAUGAGAGUAUUGCAGUUUCUCAUCAAAUACCUCACAUCACCUAAAAACUUAGUUACACUUACUGUUUUAACUUGGCCAUACAUCAUAUUAGUCACUGGGUUCUUUGUCUUUCUCUUCAUCAAUGGUGGAAUAGUUGUUGGUGACAGAAGUAGCCAUGAAGCCUGUUUGCACUUUCCUCAGCUGUUCUAUUUUCUGUCCUUUACUGUCUUUUUUUCAUUCCCUCAUUUAUUGACCACUUCUAAAAUCAAGAAAUUCCUUCUGUCAUUACGAAAGCACCCUGUGCAGUACAGCUUAAUCACUGCCAUCUCUUUAUUCCUGAUCUGGAAAUUUACCUAUGUUCAUAAGUAUUUACUAGCAGAUAACAGACAUUAUACAUUUUAUGUCUGGAGAAAAGUCUUCCAAAGACAUGAGCUUGUAAAAUAUGUAUUGGUUCCAGUCUAUAUAUUUUCUUGCUGGAGUUUUGCUGAUACACUAAAAUCAAAACCGAUAUUCUGGAUCUUGAUGUAUUUUGUAUGUUUACUAGCAGUCACAGUUCCUCAAAAAUUGCUGGAAUUUCGUUACUUUAUUUUGCCAUUCUUAAUAUACAGACUCAAUAUUCCAUUUCCAUCUCUAUAUAGACAGCUUCUGGAGUUGGCUUUUUAUAUUGCUGUGAAUGCCACAACUUUAUAUGUUUUUCUAACCAAAACAUUCCAAUGGCCAAAUAGUGAUGAAAUCCAGCGGUUUAUGUGGUGACCUUUUCUUUCCCAGUAUAUUUUGCAUUAUGUGAAGACUUUUUUCCCCCAGUUGGAAUUGGGGAAGUAAGCUGUUUGCUUAUAUUGUUGCAACUGAAUGUGAGAUCUGGUAUGUUGUCAUGUGAAGGUAUUCCAUGUAUUGAAUUUAUGAGCUCCUGGAAUUAAAACAUUCAAUACGAAGGGGAAUUUGAGCACAUCUUUCUGUAAUUUAUGUGAAGUAAGAGAGAUGUUUACAGUGAUUUUUCAUUAUAACAAAAUACUAUAUAACAUUCUCUUGAGGAUAUGACAAUUUGUAAGUAUGUUUCAGAGGCUUCUCUUUAAAACUAAAUAUUUUGGUGUUUAACAUUUUUGUUACCUCUGCAUAUUUGCUGCUUGGAUCAGGCCAUUUCCAUCUAGGUUUGCUGGCAGGCAAGGUAUGAACCACUACUAAAGUAUGUUUUCAAAACCUCCUACAUGCCACUGAAUUAUCAUGAUUUUUUUUGUCGAUAAAUGCUUACAUUGGUUUUGCAAGCAGAAUGUAGGCUCUUAAAUCAUUAAAGCAGUUUGAAAAUUUUAUUUCAAACUGAUACUUAGAAAAUACCGUGGAGGCUGUGUGCAUGUACCUUCUUUGGGGGAAUAAGUGUUAUUGUACAACAAAAGAUAAAUUGCAGUUGAUAAUGUGACCUGUUAGGAGGGAAGUAAUAUAUAUACGUCAGACUGAAAUGUGUCGUUACACAGUGGAAUGCAGCCUAAUGAAUACCCUUUUAAAUCAUCAAGCUUUUAUGUCCUGAGGUUCUGUGUUCACAGGUUUGUACUGAUGUAGGAUCUGAGUGCACUCCCCAGUUGAACUGAGUGUUUCUAAGAUCUUUGACAUGUAAUCUUAAAGAAAUACUAAUGGCAUUACUGAAUUGUUCUUUUAAAUGGUUUUCAUAUAUAUACAGAUCUAAUGGAACUAGGGAAUAUAUUUUGUAUUACAAAGGUAAAAUACAGUGUGUGUAUAUAUAUAUUUUUAAAAGCAUCUAGUGUAUUAUCUUGAGAAUAAAAGAAGGCUGUAAUGGUUUCUGGCUGUAAAUGACUUUAAUUAGGCUCAAAAAUAUUUGAUUGCUUAAAGUUAACUAUUAAGCUGUUUUAUAAAUAUAACUAAACCAUGUGGCAGGGGAGGAGAUCCAAAACUUUGCAUGCUGUGUAGCAUUUUUAAGUUCUUUCUUGUUCUGUAAUUAAAAGACAGCUGACAAAUCCAUGCAAACCUAUUGUACUAUUGCCAUGCUAGUCACUCUGAAAUGGAAUUAUUUCUCAAAAAGUCAGUACUGUGGAGUUAUUUACUCACAUUAUGUCAUGGGUUUUUUCAUUUUUCUUUAUCAAUCAAUGAUAUCAAUGUCCUGGCUCUGAUUCCCUACCUGUGCUAACUAUGAAGAGUGUGGUUAACUCAGAUUCUCCUGCCCAAUGUCUUUGCAGCUCUGUUUCUUCUAAGGGAACCUUAAAAUCACUUUUCAAUGAGUAGGUUUAUUUAUAUUGAAUUUAAGAUGUUUGCCAGGUCACUGUAGCCAGUAUGUUAGUUGUUGUGUGUACCGUAGGGAAAGCUAUUUUUGAUCACUCCGUAUUUGAUUGAUCAAGCUGAAGGGACAAGAGAAACCUGAAAUGGGAUACUUCGGUUCUUUCAGGGUCCAGGAUAUUAUCUUGUGUUGUAAUUUUAGUAUGACAGUUUUGGGAAGGGAAGCCUUGCAUGCCUUCUGCUUCCAAUUUUGGUUUUGUAUGCCAUGCUAGGAAAAAUGUAAACAAGGUAGAGAGCAUCUGCAUGUUUCAGUACAAGUUCAUUUGUGUCCUGAAAUAUUAGUAGUGAGUGAAUUGGAAUGAUAAAAUGGGAAGUGAUGUGGGUCUGGUCAGAAUUGUGAAUUGCCUUCUAGAUCUGUUUGCUUGUUUGACUUUAUGAAGGGGAGCAGAUACUCAUAUGCUUGAGAAGAUUUAAAAAUUCCUUACAUACUCCAUCAGUGUUUUGUCUUGUCCAGCAUGUCUUUUGAUACUGGUAUCUGAAUGCCUCCAGUUAUUAACACUGUUAAGAGACAACGCUUAUGCUUCCUACUUACUCUUAACUGAGAUAGCAGCCAUGUUUCAAGUUAGAAGAAUUGAGUUUAAAUGUAUACAAUUUUAAUACAUUUAUUUUGUGAAGAAAAGCUAAUAUAAAACGCCCCGACAUUUAGAGCACAGUACCUUUUUAAUAAGCUCCACAUCACAAGAUGUUAGAGAAAUUACAUGUAGACAGAUGUCUUUGAACUGUUGGGUUUUUUUUUAAUCAAUAUUAUAAGCUGGUAUAAUAUUAUACCAUGGGAUUUAUAUUAGGAGUACAAUUAUUCUCAAAAUAUUAUCAAAGCUAAUUUUAAAGCAAGCUGAGUGGCUAUAAGCUUAAAUUAAAGUGGAAAGUCCAUGAAUUAGUAGAACAUGAAAUAAUUUAUUUUUAGAGUAAAGGUGUGUUUUCACUUUUGGUGAUGAACCACAGUGAGUUUGCAGGAAAUGCUCAAUGUCAGCUUGAUUCUGUCUCAGAAAUCAAGAUGGUUGUAAUUAUAUCAUUAUUAGUCAUAAAGGGCUGCAAAUUCCAUCAACAUCUCUUAGAAAUUCAAGAAAUAUCAGUUAGAAGUGUUUAAAACUAGGUACUGGAGUUAGUUAAACAUGCUUUAAAAUGUUGGAGCAAGUAUCGUAGAUAUUAAAGAGAAUUUCUUUACAGUGAGGGUGGUGCGGUGCUGGCACAGGUUACCCAGAGAAGCUGUGGCUGCCCCAUCCCUGGCAGUGUUUAAGGCCAGGUUGAACAGGGCUUGGAGCAACCUGGUCUAGUGGAAGGUGUCCCUCAGGGGGUUGGAAUUAGAUGAGCUUUAAGGUCCCUUCCAACCCAAGCCAUUGUGUGUUUCUAUGAUUAAAUGAUCUUUUGGAAAAUUGAUUUUAAUAUUUUGCUCUGGAAAUAUUUCCAUUGUGUUUGUUCAUAAUUUAUUCUUCUUGAAGGCUUGCAGAAAGGACUGUGUUUAUCCUGGAUUACAUUGCCAAAGUCUUCUAGUUUCAGUAGAACCGUAGGUUAAUUCCUUAGCAGGUGUCAGUUGGCAAUGAAAUUACUUACAACAGCAUGAAAAUGAUAAUUGUAAAUUUUAUUAAUCAGCUAUCCAUUUAGAUAAAAAUCACACUCAUUUGUAAUGUCCAAGGUGAAAACAAAAAUAGCAUAGCCAACUUUUCUAUAAUCACUGGUUAAAAAUAAAGGCUCAGGUUCAGUUUUUCUUGGACAGAAAGACGAUAAUUUUUAAUGUCUGUCAGAGUAAUAGAGAGCUGAACAGCCACAGCAUGGGUGAAUUGGUUUGAGGUGGGAAAAAACCACCACAAGUAAUUGAAUGCAUGGGUUUUUCAUUUUAGUUACAAAUACGUUGUUAUUCAGGAAGAUAGGAAGUUUGUUUGAUACUCCUGUAUGCUGUGAACUGUGUUUUCUGUUAUUCAUUUGAUAAUGCGGUAUGUUGUGAACUGUAUUCUGUUAUUCCUGAGCAUUCUGUAUUUCAUUCUUUUUAAGUUCUUUGUCACGUGUUCGUGUUCAAGACUAGGAUAAAUUUUACACAGAAGCACUGUGUACCCGCUGAAAUAUUUUUCUGUUACUUUCCUUGUGAGUAGACAAAUCAGAUGAAUUGUUCAGUAUAUUGUCGUAAGAAGUAUUCUGUAUUCUCUGGGGACAGAGUUGCUAUUUGCCCUAUAAAUACAGAUCUGAUUGUUUUGGUUUCACAAGGUGGCAGUCUUGUGCCAUCUUGUUGAGGUGACCAACUGGUCAAUGUGAAGCUGCUUGAUAUAACGGCAGGGGUUUCAGCAGGACUGUUUCUGAGAAAAUAUUUUUUUUAAGUUUUCUUAGAAAUCUUAAAAGUCUCUCAUGGCUGAUUGCUUGUUUUAGUACGUGUUUUAGCUAAAACAUCCUUGUAUUUAAUUUUAAAUAUACAUCAUACAUUAAGUUUUAGGGGGAGAGCAAGUUUUGCUCAUCUUUAAAGUGUCCUAUUUUGACUUUUUUUGGUAUUUGUGGAAAUGUCAUGUCUGGUCUGAGAGAACAAUAUGAAACUUGAGAGCUUACUGUUGACAUGAUGUCACUGUUUAAACAAUGUAGUUGCUUAGAAAAUUAGCAGAUUUCCUUCUGCUGUUUGAUUAUUAAAUUUCACAGCAUCCUUGUUUUCUUCACAUGCUCAUUCUAUUGAUUGCUGUCUAAAAAGAACAAAAAUUGGAGGACAAAUUGAGGAAAGCAGAGUAAUUGUACUUUGAGACAGACACAUGGUGAUUUUCUGAAAUACUCUUUUUAGCUGGAUGUUGUACAUACCAAAUGCAAAUACUCCAAUGUCUGCUGGCCCUAUGGUAGUUGACAUCCUGCAUUUUAAAGGCGUCAUCUGGAUUUUGUGAAAUGAAAAAGGGUAAAGCCAGAGUGUGUGAAAAUUACCGAUUCCAGUUAUCUCCAAUUCUUUGACUGUAUCACUGCCCUAUUUUUUUGUUCCCCUGAAAUGCUUUGCUGUCCUUGCUUAUCUCAUAUGAGAUAGGAUAUGGAUUUUGGUUUUGAUUCAGCACAGUUUGUAUGCCAGCUAAGGCAUCUUUUAUGGAAAAACAUCCUUCUUAAAAGAAUGCUGUAGAUAGAUGCAGAUAAUUGGUUUUACUAAGAAACAUCAUUUUGCAAACAAAAUGAAUCUCUCCACGAGAGAUUGCCCCUAGCUAGCAGUGUGUAGCUAAAAAGCUCUUAAUUUGCAAGUUUUUGUGCUUAAGUUCAGAAUAUGCUCAGGACCUCAUGCUGUUCCUUCCACUUCAGGGGUAUUUGGGAUAUGAGGUGCAGGAAGCAAGAGGAAAAAGAUUUGUACAGAUGGUUGUCAUUGCAGUGCUGCCAUAGCUAAGACUGUGCAACACUACCAGGAGCAGAAAUGAGUGGGGUGCUUUGGGGGGUUUUGUGGCACUGCUGUAUUUAGCAGUGCACUGUGACUUACUAAAGCAAGUGGUGAUACGGGAGAGUAGUUUGUCAUACGUGACUGGUAAUGUCUUCUCCUGCUGGAAGGAGAAGCUGCUUAGUGCUGGAUCUGGCCCCAAAAACUUGGGAGCUAAUUGGUUUGUUAAAAGAUGUUUUGGAUCUGUAAAUAAAAACUGUUCUUUACUGUGUUCAAGACGUGUUGUGAAAUUCAAUUUACUUGAAUUGCAACCAGGUGUCAGGAAUAGGGGAGGAGUUCCUGCCAUUUUCGCAUUGCUUGUUGCCCAGAUACUCCAGUGUUUUUAUAAGGCAAAAAUUGUUGUAUCUUAAAAAAUAAACACUUUUAAA